CAUGCUUGUCGGCAAGAUGGCUGCCAGAGUAAGAAUUUUAAUUAGUGACAAGUGAUUAAAAAUAAAACUUUUUUAUUAGUGUAGUGCCUUGAACACGAGUUAACAGUGUCCGAUUGUGAUUAUCAUGCUGAGUACCGCGCUAGUAAAAUAGUUUUUUUCGUUUUUCCAACAGAAACAGCCUCCGAGGAAGUCCAUUCCAGCGGAUAAGUUUCCCUCACUGUCAAAAAAUACGAGCAAUUGGAUUGUCACGUCGGGCUUAUUAAUUUCAGUUGUUGGGUAUUAUUGUCAGAGGCUAAGGAUUAACGUCGAUAAACUGUGACAUUUAGAUAGACGUUUAUCGUUUAUCUGGUCUGAUGAUUGAACGAGUAUGCUGGAUAAUAACGACCGUUGACUGAGGAAAGAUACAACGAGGCCUCCACGAAACGACGAAGAGAGUGGACGCAAUUACUAUUUUGUCACACAUGAUGAAAUGAUGACGGAUAUCAGCGCUAAUGAAUACUUAGAAUACGGUACACACGAGGACGCAAUGUACGGUACCAAGUUAGAUACGAUAAGAAAAAUCCACGAAGAAGGAAAAAUGGCUAUUCUAGACGUUGAACCUCAAGCAUUAAAAAUACUUCGUACCGCUGAGUUUGCUCCUUAUGUUGUUUUUAUCGCUGCACCCAUCGUACAAAAUCUUAAUGACUACGACGGAAGUCUGGAAAGACUUGGAAAGGAGUCGGACAUGCUGAAGCAGGCGUACGGACAUUUCUUCGAUCUGACGAUCAUCAAUGACGAUAUUGAUGAGACGAUUGCUCAGCUGGAAGGCGCAAUCGAUAAAAUACAAAAGACACCGCAGUGGACGCCAGUGAGAUGGGUCUACUGACAACAAUCACCCUCACGUAAUAAUGAUCCCUUAAAUUAUUACUAAUUAUUAAAAUAAAUAAAUCCAAUCGGGAAAUCAAGAGAGUACAUCAAAUGAUAUAAAAA